CCUACUACUACUGCUCUUCCUCCUGCUACUACUGCUACUGCUCCUCCUACUACUACUACUCGUCCUCCUACUACUACAACUCCUACUACUACUACGACUACUCCCCCUCCUCUGGUUUGCUAUAACGGAGGUAGACCUCUGAAUGGCGUCUGUAUCUGUCCGGACGACUGGACUGGAAAGACCUGCUCAGUAGAGAAUUUUUGCAAAGCCAAGAUGAUAGCCCAGAACAACAGAGUAUUCAACUUCCCACAAACACCCGUUGGCCGGUACGCUUAUUCUAAUGAAACCUGUCAACCACGAACGAGUGGCGCGGGUAAACCCCAGGCUUUGACCAGAUGUUCCAACAGGAAAAUACCCCCGAGUUUCCAGGAGCCGCGCGUCCUCCAGUGUGACCUGACGCUCACCAACAUACAACAAAAUCUGAACGGCUCGGCAGAUUUAGAGACGCUGGCGGCGAGCGCUCAGAUGCUGACGUCCCAACCUGAAGAUCUGACGGCUGAAGAAGUGACGACGGCCGCUCAGAUCGCCGACACGCUGCUGUCGUCUGAGAACGUCUCACAGAGCGUGAGGGAGUCAGCGGUAGCGACCGUCAGCCAGAUUCUGAACGCUGACCCGCCAGACGACAACCAGGAAAACAGCGCUACUCACAACCUGACACAGACCCUGUCCAGCCUGUCGGUGAACCUGAGUUUGAUCUCCAAUGAUUCUAAGAUGGUUCAGCCAAACAUCGUGGUCCAGUCGGCUCAGAUCUCAGCAGCCGACACUCAGGGAGUCCAGUUCACUGCACUGUCAGGAACGUCGGAACGUUUUGGUGCCAACCGCAUCCAGCUGGACACCAACACAUCGGCUGUCGCCGUGGAAACCAACUUCACCGCCGACGCCGUCGUUUACCUCAAGUUCCCCACAGGCGGUGCGGAUGGCCAUCUCCAGACUCCGUCCAACGUGUCUGUGGGUUUCGUCCUCUACCAGAACGACCACUUCUUCCACUCGAAGCGCUACAGGCGGCGCCGGGCCUCCGUCAGGGUCCUGUCGGCCACCGUUGGCGGUCUGGAGCCGCAACAGGUCCAGAUGCUCUUCAGACCAAUGCUCCUGAACGGUACGUCUCUGUGGGACUUCUCGUGUGUUUUUUGGGACUACACUUUGGAGGAUUGGAGCGCGGCUGGCUGCUGGAAGGGAAACGCUUCAGACGGAGUCCUCCAAUGUUUCUGCAACCACACAACCAACUUCGCUGCUCUCUGGUCCUUCAGAGAGAAUUAUAAAUAUGCAGCGCUGGAUAAAAUUUCUAUAGUUGGACUUUCUUUCUCCAUCCUGGGUUUGGUUGUUACGAUAAUUCACCACAUUACGGACAAGGGCGAACGGAAGAAGAGUAGGAACUCCCAGCUUGCUUUGCUGAGUAUAUGGUUCAGCCUGCUGGCCUUCAUCAUCACCUUCCUCUCUGGCGUCACAAACACCAAUGACAACGCGGUGCUCCACAAUAAGACCAACGAUGUCCCGCACUCUGACGAACACGUGGCAAAGAAUGCCCGAUGUUCGGCGGUGACGGCGCUGCUUCACUUCUUCCUGUUAGCUACCUUUACGUGGAACAGUGUGUACGCCACGCAGGAGGUGCUGCUCUUUCGCAAGAUACACCACAAGCUGCCGCCAUACUGGACGCCGCUCAGCGCCACCAUAGGAUGGGGAGUCCCAGCUGUCGUCAUGGCGAUCACACUGGCAAUCGCCUACAGGAUGGACAACCCUCUGGGAUAUAGACAGGAGGAAUUUUGCUGGCUGGCAGCGCUGGAUAAAUCCAAACACUUUGACUAUGGGAAGCCGAUGUUUUGGGGUUUCGUGCUUCCUAUUGGUUUGAUUCUGAUCUACAACAUCGUCCUGUUGGUUCUGGUCUCUCGGUACGACAACUCCCUCAAGAGCAUCAGGAAGUUACUGAACAGUUUCUCUCUGGCCGUGUUACUCGGUCUGUCCUGGACUCUGGGUUACCUGGUGCUGGUUACCGAGGGAACUGCCCACGAGGUGCUCAGCUACCUCUUCUGCAUCGGCACCACCACACAGGGGCUCCUUAUAUUCGUCCUGUUCACCGCCAUUAAGCCAAGCUUCAGAGGCCGCGUGUCACGAUCCGUUCGGACCAUCUCGUCUGUCAACAUCCAACUCAAACAGUUUAAAUAUAAUCUGCAGAGAGACUGGACCAGCUCUAACGAGUCCUACAGAGUCCGGAUAGACUAA